AUGAGCUCCGGAUCAUUCGAGAUUACCAACUCGGCGCGGCUUCUGGGUAAACUCUUGCUCGAGCUUGAAUUCGGCGUCAACGCCGUACGUGUGUCACGCGCCCCCAGCGUACGCGACGAUCGCCAAUCUCGUGGAGCGUGGAAUUCACCAGUCACCGGAGAGUGGACGGGCGCGACGGGUGUCGGUCGAAGUCAUGUUGCCACGUCAAUCAGUAUCGCUGCCAUCAGAUUAGCAGAAACGAAGGCCGACAGGCGCGUGACUCUCAUCGCGUUUUCUGGUGCGCUAUGGCAUUCGAGAACGAGAGCCCGAUGGAUCUGGCAAGCAACGCCCGUGCCGGAUAUGCCCGCUACAGCAGACGUUGAAGGUGGCGGCCGAGCCGGGUUCGAAUAUGUGCCCAUUCGAGAGGCGCCGCCUUCCAAGUCGAAACUCGAAGCCAGACAGGUUUUGUCGGCUGAGCUGCGCAACUGGUUCGUCAGUGUUGGAAUUGCCCGAGCAGAGCGUGAGCAUGAGACCGCCGGCGGCCAAGCUGGUUGA